CGUUUUAAUCAGCAGUUUCGCGCGGCCCGUGGCGGCAGCGGAUGAAGAUGCUGCUUCCGACGCUGUCGGCCAACCCGGCCGAAGCCGUGCUUCGACAGCUGCUCGCGAGCGCAGCCGAGCUCGUGGCGGCCGACGAGAUGACCGACGCGCGCAGGACGUACCUCGAAGCGCGCCAGAGCUACGUGCGCCUGAAGCUCCAAGUGUUUGGCGAGCCAACGCAGCAAGAGCCAUCGUCGCCGCGCAAGUCGUCGCUGCUCCAGGCGCUACCGCCUUCGUGCGAGAGCCUCGGGGAGAAGCUCCGGGAGAUUGGCGUCGCGCUCGGUAGCGCGUCCUGGGCAGCGCUCCAAGCGGCCAUGGAGGCCAAGACGUGGGACAUUGCGCAGCUCGCCGAGUGCCUCAUCUACAUGCCGACGCCAGAGGCUUGGGCGCUGUACGUCGAGAAGCGGUCGGUCAUGGCCGCGGCGCUCGUCUCGGGCCUGCACCCGACCUUGACGCAGUACACAGACGCCGUCGCGGCAUUCCUCCGCGCCGACGUGGACGUGGUCGCGAUCCUUUGCGACGACAAGACGACGCUCGUGAGUGCGUUUACGAGUGCCAAGUCGCCGAUCGCUGACGUGGGCGACCGCCUCAGCCACCUUGUCGCCACCGCGUACGCACCGCCACUGCAGGAGCUGGUCGAGAAGGCCGUGACGUACUUGACGACCGACGUGAACGCGUGGAUGCUUGUCAAAGACACCGUGUCGGCCUCCGUUGUGCAUUUCGGCGACGUGCGCUUCCAUACAGGCAAGAAGCGGACAUUCGAGUACCGGUAUGCGAACGCGGGGCAGCAGGUCGCGCCGCCGCCCACCCCCACGUCGUCCAUGGCGUCCAUGUCGUCCAUAGCGCGCAUCAACGUGCGUCUCAACUCGAUCACGGGCUCCCGGCCGUCACUUACGAUGCAAAUGGCACGGACCGCCAAGGUCAAGGUGCUCUUGGCCGACCCAUGUGUCCACGGCGUGUGGCGCUUUGUCCACAUUGACCGCGGUGGCUUCGCGGACCACCCGAUUCCUUCGAGCUUGCGCCGGUGUCUCUUUGUGUACUUUGACGACCUCGACUUGAUAGCGUCGCACUGCAAGCGAAAGGGCAAACUCGAGUUUUGCAUCGGGUGGCACGUUCUGGCGUGCGUCAAGACAGCCACGGAGGUCGUGUGGGUCAACGCGAUCAUCGACGCAGUCCAAAGCGACGCCGGCACGUGCACCGUUGUCAACGCGACGACGCAGAAGCGCUACGACGAGUACCUCAUCAUGGACACGCAUGUGCGUCUCGCGCCAACAGACCCCAAGUGCAGGAUACACUCGGGCCAGCGCUGGCUCAACCUCAUGGACGACGUCACGCGCGCGGUGGGCGCGCUCGUCAAGGCGCUUCCGGCGAGCGUCGACCUCGACGCGCUCCAUCGGCAGCUCUGGUCGGCCCUCGCACCGCCCAUGCGCGUGGCCGACUACAUCUUUUCGCGCUAUUUGCGCACGGUGCUGCAUGCGGCGCGGACGACGUCGUCGCCCGGCGUCUCGAGUGCCGUGAUUCUCGGGUCCUUUGAUGCCACGGGCUUGUACUCGACGGCGAUCCAUAGCACCUCGGCGCUUGACGAGUACACGCUGCGCGCCCAAGCCGAGACGCUCGCAUUGAUUUUACAUGACAUCACCGAGAGCUUGAGCCCGUGUAUUCAGACCGGUGGGUUUGCCGAAGUCCUCCGCUUGUACGCCCAAGUCGUGCAAGAAGAAGUGACGGCCUUCGCCCAUGCGCUGCAGCGGCUCCUCACCGAGCACGCACUCUCGAUGGAUGCGGUGCUUGAAGGCGGCGUCGGCUUGAUCGUACUGCUCGACACGUGGCGGCUCUCGCGCACGCAGCUGCGCCCGUCACUGGACCGCAGCGCAGCGGCCAUGCACUGGACGAUCGAGACGCUCGACAAGAUCGAGCGCGUUAUCAGUGAUCUCGUCGCGACGUCCCUCCACUACGUCCACUCGUUUAUUCUCCACGAAUGCGCGAGUAUCUACCUGCCCAGCGUUGUCCACCAAGAGUGGUACGCGAUCAAGCCGUAUUUCAACAACACGCGCAUCUCGGCGGGCCUGCAAGCCAUGGUCCUCCGCUUCACGCGCCUGCUUCUGAAGCUCAAGGCCAGCGCGGCGGGACUUGGCCACUCGCGGCAACUUGCCCUCGAUAUGCUGGGCAGUCUUAGCGUUCACAUGGUCCAGUCCGUGCUCGAGCUCUACUCGACGCUGACGCCGUCGCGUGGCCGCUUGGAACAAUACCGCAUCGACGGCCUGUACUUUGUAUUGGGCUUCUACAGUAGCUUGCGUGCGUGCGUGCUCGACCUUGGCGUCGCCGCCGACUCGUCGUGGCUUCGGCAGUGCGCAGAAGGGCUGGUCGCAUUUCUGAGUCGCUUGGCGCUGCUGUUUGGUCCUCUUAGCGCCAUUGAGCACUAUGCAAGCACCACCAAGUCGUUCAAGCGGACGCUGCCCGGCAUUCUGGGCGCGUACGCCUUGUUGGACCGCCUCGUCACGCCCGUUCUCGCAAGCCUCAAGUGCGCUAUCACCGACCACGCGUCCUCGAAAUACCCAUGGCAUCUGCACGCACUGGUGCCCGACAUUGCUGCGCUCCUGACACUCGACCUCGACUGGGCCGGUAUACUGGACGAAUGCAGCGUCUCCAAGUGGGAAACGGCCACGUGGCUCAAGAUGCGUCGCGAAAUGGUCAGCUGUACGUACCCUGCGCUGACGCCCGAUGAGUGCGUGACCAAGGCGCGACUCCUCACCUUGCUCGGCGAGCCAGCGUGAAGCGACCGCAUCUAUUUGUCUUAUUUAACUAUUGUCGUCUUUGUCGUCCA